AAAUUUCGGAUCUCAUUCAAAAGUCGACUCUCUGACCCAAAAGUAGACGAGUCAUCUUCUUCGAUAGCACAUCUUCUUCUCGAUACAACGCACGAGAGAGCAAAGAGAACAAAGCCUUCUAAAGCAAUCGAAAAUGGUUUGCGUAGCGUGUUUAAUACCGCUGUUCCUCGUCCCGAUCGUUAAUUUAUUACCUGUUCUCUUCCAUAUUCUCAUGGCAAAGAUUUAUAGAAUGUUUGGAAAGGAGUAUCAGAGACCGGAAAGAGCAGCUCCUGCUUGUCCUUUUAAACCAUCAGCUACUAAACCCAAUAAUUCUGUCACAGGAGAACCAGGUUCUGGCACCUCUCACCCUAUACCUAAGGCAGUUGGAGUGGAUGAUUCCAAGCAGGAUUAACUUUGGAAGAAUUGGAAACUUCCAUUCUAUUCAGAAAAAGCAAAUAUCGGUUAUGUCUUCCUUGAGAUUCUGCAGGUCCCCCUAGCCAUUGGCAAAAUGAUAUGUGUGCUACCAAGAUCAUCUUGGUUAAUUUAGUUUGUGGAGAUUUGGAUAAUGUAAACUGAACUUUCUUACAUUUUUCUCGUUAACUUGUAGAUCUCUGUUUAGAAGCACACAUAUUGUUAUAUAAUUGUGUCUCCAACUUUAUAAUCUCUCUUCAGCCAUGUUAUGUAUUUGGAAGUGUCGAAUUAUGCCUUAA